GGCGUUUGGGGAGUCGUCGGAGUUUCUUCCUGGAACGUGGAAGGACGAAACUAUUUGAGUGAUUCCCCAGGAACUUCAUGACUUUAUAGCCGCUGGGGGAGGGCGGGGCAAUCAGCAAAUGAAGAGUAUUCGCUUAGAGGCUCUCUAGAUUUCUGAGGCCGCAACGGGAACUAAAGCGCGUCUUCCAUACUAUUUCCGGAGGACCAAGAUUGCCACGGACAACCAGGAAGCGAUCGGGCUGGCAGCUGUCCCGGGGUUCUCCGCUCUAGUCUCGGGGUACCUCUCGGGGGUGCCCGGCACCGUGUUCCACUGCCCCCGCGUGACCCCUGCCCCGCCCCAGGCUCCGGCUCGGGCCCUUCACUUCGGAGUCGCCAUGUCGUCAGACUUCGAAGGCUAUGAGCAGGACUUUGCAGUGCUCACUGCAGAGAUAACCAGCAAGAUUACGAGGGUCCCCCGACUCCCGCCUGCUUGAACAGAUGGAUUUGGAAGUUCGAGAGAUACCACCCCAAAGUCGAGGAAUGUACAGCAACAGGAUGAGAAGCUACAAGCAAGAAAUGGGAAAACUUGAAACAGAUUUUAAAAGGUCACGGAUCGCCUACAGUGACGAAGUACGGAAUGAGCUCCUAGGGGAUGAUGGGAAUUCCUCCGAGAACCAGUUGAUAAAAUUACGUGAAGAGAGGGCACAUCUGCUCGAUAACACAGAGAGGCUGGAAAGGUCAUCUCGGAGACUAGAGGCUGGAUACCAAAUAGCAGUGGAAACCGAGCAAAUUGGCCAGGAGAUGCUGGAAAACCUCAGUCAUGAUAGAGAAAAGAUACAGAGAGCACGUGACAGACUUCGGGAAACAGAUGCUAACUUGGGGAAAAGCUCCAGAGUCCUGACAGGGAUGUUGCGAAGGAUUAUUGCUGGGUCAUGGUGCCUGUGCGAUUCUAUGACAACCCAGAUUCAAGCCCCCAGCCCCCACCUGAAGUGGGAGGGGGGACUUCACAGAGGUGGAGCAGUGCUAUAGAAUCAUCCAGAACCGCAUCCUUCUUGUCAUCUUGGGCAUCUUCCUGGUCAUCACCAUCCUGACUGCGAUCACCUUAUCUUUCCGAAGACAAUGAUGUAUCUGCUUCUCCUUGAUAAACAGCAACAAGGCGUGUUCUGAGUAAUUAAGACAAAAUGGUCACAUGAAUCAUUCUUGUGUGCUGACAGGCCCUGGGUGAACUCCGGCCCCCUUCUUACCCCUUGUUCAGCUGAAGUGUAAAGAGUGUAAAAAUAUUUUCUAUUCCUGUGUGCAUGUGGGUUGGUUUCCUUUUCUAGGUUUAUCUACCUGGAUUUGUUUUUUAUAGGGGAGGGUGAAUGUUUAUUUGGCCCUUUUUUCUGGGAAUUUUAUCUGUUGGUUAAUAUAACCUUGGUGACAUUCUUCUUGACCUUGUGGACAUGUCAGAGGGGUCACAGGUUGGGAGAGGGCAGGAUGAAUCUGGGGGUGGGGUGGGAGCCUCUCUAAUAGCCUGUGCUAUUUGUCGCAUGAAUUUUGUCACAAAGAAAGAGGCCCCCGAGCCAAUGCCCGGUUGCAGUAGUCCCUCCACCCUCAGUUCCUCCCCAGGUAUAGUGAACACAGUCAGCAAACCUGAGCACUUUCAUUGGAGAGGUGGGAAUUUUGAUAUCAGAUGUGCAGGAAGUCAACUUAGCACUUUGCGUUUGCCUACGCAUCAUAUUUUUAAAAACCCAAGAACAUCUUUUCCUCCAAACUCACCCAGUGUCCACUGUUCACAACUUGGGUUACUGGCGAUCCCCCCACUCCCAAAUAAAAUGUGCCCUGGCCUUCCCCAAACCCCCAACUCCCCCGAGUUUGCUGGCGACAUGAGCCCUGGUGCGGGCCGUCACUGUGACCUCCUCUCCCCAACCUGUGUAAGCAGCUCUAUAUAGCCUUUCACUUGUAAUAUCCACGUUGCCAAAAGCAGCUCUCAUACAUGCAAAAGGUCUGACAAGGUUCUCCCCACAUUCACUGCAGUAUGUAAAGAGAACAUGAAUAUUUCAGGAAGAGCAAGAACAUGAUUCCAUCGGUGUGAAAUUUCCAGUGUGAUUAUGAAUACGGUCAAGUCCUAGAGGAGCAGCUCACACUGAACUUGAUGGGAGACCCUCACUCACCACCUUGAGUCGAAUGAGGGGUGGCAGCCCGUUACAAAAGGACGGCCUGGGGUUUUUCACAAACAAAUGUCAACAGAGCUUUCCUGAACUGGCUCUGUGUCCAAACCUCUAGGACACUCUGGUUUUCUGUGGGUUCUUCCUAUCCCAGAGAAGGUCGUGGGGUGGGGAUGGGGGUGGAGGAGUGGGAAGGGACUGCGUUCAAAACAAGUUCGUUUAUGGCCAGGCUUAAAGCUGCCCAAGCUGUCAUUUCCCCCUGGUCAUAAAGCAAAAUGUUUUCUUUUCUUUUUUAUCUUUAAGACUUCAUAGGCACUAUCAGGACCCUACUAUCUUUUCAGUAUGAGCGAAUGAAUGCCUUGAUUCCUUAGAAAACAAAUCUGUUCAUGCCAUUAAAAACACUAACCAGGGAGUCGGGCUGUAGCGCAGCGGGCUAAGCACAGGUGGCGCAAAGCACAAGAACCGGCAUAAGCAUCCCGGUUCGAACCCCGGCUCCCCACCUGCAGGGGAGUCGCUUCACAGGCGGUGAAGCAGGUCUGCAGGUGUCUAUCUUUCUCUCCCCCUCUCUGUCUUCCCCUCCUCUCUCCAUUUCUCUCUGACCUAUCCAACGACGACAACAACAAUAAUAACUACAACAAGGGCAACAAAAGGGAAUAAAAAAAAAAAAAAAAAAAAAAACACUAACCACCGGGACCUAUAGUUUACAGUCACCUGGAUGCCACUCUGGAUCCCCCCCGGCUCAGGAGAGAACCAUUGUGGUUUCAGGAGGAGAUGCAGAAUGGCAAAAAUCCACUGGAGACAUUGUAACUUAUCGAAGCAGGCCAGGGUCUGCAUGUGUUCGGAUAAAUGAUUUAGUGUCGUGUAAAUAAAAACGGCUGCCUUGACUUCGCAGGGAUGGCAUGGGACUUGAGCAGAGUGAAAUAAGCCAGGCGAGGAGUGGGGAGCUGUGUUGACUUCUGUAUCAGCUGGAGGAAUCUAUCUCAGGCAGGAUCUUUUAAUUCCGAUAUCAGGAUUCUGCACGUGCAAAACACAGCAAAGAAACCACUGGAAAGCAAGGAAACGGGCAAGCUCAUUCUGAGACACUCGUGGUCACGAGCAUUAUGCUGACCUCUCUCUGGUGGCUUCCUUUGAAACUGGAAACUGAAGAGUGCAAGCAGGUAUUCCACUACCCCUCCUCCAGACACCAGACUCUUCCCAUGGCCACUGAGCAAGCCAGGUUGAUCUGAGCAUCUAAACUGGCCGCCUCACGAGUAUUUCACUGAAAUCUUGCAUUCUGAUAAAAUAGGCAGGAGGGGGCUCAUCCCUUGCUUCUCAGUGGCGUGUUUUGUUUUGUUCUGUUUUGUUUUUUUCUCUCGGGUUAUACAGCUUGAUCAGCUCUUGCCUGCAAUUUUGCCUCCCUCUUCAACCUUGGAGGUGGAAAUAGAUGAACUGAUAGCUCCUAACCUGGCAGCCCUGCCAAGCCCACCUAGAUGGGGACUCUGUCAGCUUGGGUGAUGAAUACUUUGUGAGGAAGCUGUUCUAAAGGUCCCCCAUAUAUACAUUAGAGGGCCUGCCUGGCCCUCCCAGAAGCUGGGGGAAAGACAAGAAGGAGAUCCCCCCAAGCAAACAGAUCAUGCCCCCUCCUCCCCCUGCUUCACUGGGGAAGGAAGAGAGCCCAGCAACUCAGAGCUGGUCACAGAUUGGAGAGAGACUCUGGAAACUUAGUAUGUAGACUUCCAUUGAUAAAUAUUUUGAACGUUGGGAGCCUUUGUUAAAAAUGAUGUUUGAGGGGGCAUGUGUAUGGGGAGGGGGGUGACGGAGGAAGGAUGAAGAUGGAGACUUACAGAGGAGGAAGAAGGCCUCACUAUCUAAAACUCAGACCGCCUAAACAGUUUUCCCUGGCAGGAUACAUAAAGCGAUGCUACCCUGCUCCUGAAUCAAAAGCAAUGCAAUUAAAGUCUCUUUAAGUUGUAAA